CCAUCUCAACUCGCUCUUCCACAACCAACAACAGCCAUGGCAUCAGAGGACCCCAACGUCAAGGCCGUUCAGGUCAAGCUCGUUCUCCUUGGCGAAGCCGCCGUCGGCAAGUCGUCCCUCGUCCUCCGUUUCGUCCAGAACGACUUCAACGAGAACACGUCACCAACUAUCGGCGCAGCCUUCCUCACCCAGAAAUGCCGCCUCGAGAACCGCGUCGUCAAGUUUGAGAUUUGGGACACGGCUGGCCAAGAACGCUUCCACUCCCUCGCUCCCAUGUACUACCGCAACGCCGCCGCCGCCGUCGUCGUCUACGACAUUACCAAGGCCGCGAGCCUCGAGAAAGCAAAGGCCUGGGUCAAGGAGCUGCAGCGACAGGCCAACCCGAACAUUGUGAUUGCGUUGGUCGGCAAUAAGCUCGACCUCGUCGAGGGCGACGAGCCUGCCCCGCCUCCCGCGGACGAUGACGCCGAGGAGGACGCUCCCACCGCCGACGGGCCACGCCAGGUGCCGACGGCCGAGGCCGAGGCGUACGCCAAGGAGUGCGGCCUGCUCUUCUUCGAGGCGUCCGCAAAGACCGGCACCAACGUCCAGGAUGUGUUUACUGAGAUUGCUAAGACUAUCCCCCUCGACACAAUCGCGCCCAAGCCUGCAGCGGGUGGCGCGCAGGGACGCCGCUCCGCAGCCAACGCCGCCGCCGGCGAGAACGCACGCGUCGACCUUGGCGAGGGCCAGGCUGCCAAGCGGGGAGGCUGCUGCUAAGCCAGCCGACGUCUAUGUCCACGUCCACACCAGCUCGUCCCCGCUCUCCCUGCAGAGUUUACCCCAUUAGUUUCCGCGGCCGGGCGCCGCUAGCGUCGCCACGCCUCUUGCCAUCUGUAUAGUGUUUGCGCCCGUUCGUAUGAAUGAUUCAUGAGUUCGA